AUGAGGAUCGACUUUGUCUUUGAGUUUCCGCGUCCCACAAUGCCCAAUGUCAUCUACAUCGCCGGGUACCCGUGCAAACCUGCCAAACCGCUACCUCGCCACCUGGAAGACUUCAUGCAAAGCUCAAGCGAACAUGGGGUCGUUGUCAUGUCUUUGGGAACUCUGGUGGCUCAACUUCCUGAUUAUGUCGUGGAAGAGAUUGCUGCUGCGUUUGCAAAGCUGCCGCAGAAAGUUGUCUGGAGGUAUAAAGGAAAGAGGCCAGAGAAUCUUGGUAACAACACUCUUCUUCUGGAGUGGCUUCCUCAAAGUGACCUUCUCGGGCACCCAAACACAAAAGCAUUUGUUGCACACGGAGGAACCAAUGGCAUUCAGGAAGCAAUUUAUCAUGGAGUUCCUCUCGUUGGUCUACCUCUGAUGUAUGACCAACGCGAAAACUUUGCCCGAAUGACAGUCAGAGGUGCGGCAAAAGUUCUGGACAUUGCGACUUUGAAUAGAGACAUCUUUCUGCAGGCUCUUGAAGAGGUUUUAUAUGACGCUUCCUACAGAGAGAACAUGCAAGCCCUGUCCCAUGUGCACCGGGACACUCCGCUCAAGCCUCUGGACACAGCUGUAUUCUGGGUGGAGUUUGUGAUGAGGCACAAGGGGGCCAAACAUCUCCGGACCGAGUCUUACCAACUCUCGCUCGUCCAGUACUACAGUGUUGAUGUUCUCCUAGACAUGUUUCUCCAACUGCCGGCUCUGCUCACCCUCCUGUGUUCUUCUCCGUCUUUUGGUGGAAAGGUAUUGGUUUUCCCUAUGGAUGGAAGCCACUGGCUCCAGAUGAAAGUCCUGGUGGAGGAGCUUCACUCAAAGGGCCAUGAAGCUCUGUCAACUUUUCCUUACUGUGGCAGAAUGCAGUGA